GUUCUCUUUCCUCACUCAACACACCACCUCGACUCCUCGCAACAAGCGGCCACGUACUCGAUUCCCACUCCAUCCAGCCCCGCAAACACACGGGGCGUUCACUCGCUUGCAUCGCCGCCCAGCAGCUUAGCUCAGACUCCCAGUCACGAGCCCCACCUCAUCGCCCAAACCACUCGCACCCCAUGGCGACGCCCGGACGAGGCCCACCUUCCUCGCCACCUACCCCCGCUCACCCCCACAAGCUACCCAAGAUGGCCGAUUCGCUAGACAUAUCGGACGCGACGACGGCCAUCACUGUCGGCUCGUCGCGCUCGACGCCGGUGCCCUCGAGCCGGCCCGAUGCCAAGGCCCGGCGGUACGACAGGCAGCUGCGUCUCUGGGCAUCUGCUGGCCAGCGCUCGCUCGAGUCGGCGCGCAUCCUCCUCAUCGGAGACGACGCCGCGGGAUGCCAGUCGCUCAAGAACCUCGUCUUGCCAGGCAUCCAGCACUUCACCAUCCUUUCGGACGCGAUCACGGCCCCCGCCGACGUCGCGAGCAACUUCUUCCUCGAGCCUUCCUCGAUCGGCAAGCCGAUUGCAGAGGAAGAGGUCCGCCUGUUGCGCGAGCUUAACCCUGCUGUCCAUGGCGAGGCGCGCCUCGCGGACGCGACCGAGCUUCUUGCGGCCGACCCCAACUAUUUCCUCUCGUUCAACCUCAUCAUCGCAUCGAACAUUGCACCCCAGCUUGAGCUCGAGCUCUCCGAUCUGUUGUGGAAGAACUCGACCAUUCCAGGCCACUCCGACAUCCCGCUGCUUUCCAUCCGUUCAUCUGGUCUGACUGGACGCUUGCAGAUCCAGUUACGCGAGCAUUUGAUUGUCGACACACAUCCCGACAACACCCAGACCCUCCGCAUCGAUUCGCCCUUCCCGUCAUUGGAGUCGUAUGCGCGCUCCCUGGACAUCGAGUCGCUCGACUCGAUGGACCACUCCCAUAUCCCCUGGGUUGUGCUCCUGGUUCGCGCUGGCAGCAUCUGGAAGGAGGUACACGGUGGCAAGCUCCCUUCAAACUCUGAAGAGAAGGCCGAGUUCAAGAAGCUCCUGACGAGCUGGAGGCGGAAAGGCGACGAGGAGAACUUUGACGAGGCUUUGCAGCAGGCGUACCGUGUGUGGGGCUCGUCAGAGCUCCCUUACGAGACCAACGAGCUCCUCAAGGACCCAGCGGUUAUCAAGAUCUCUCAGACUUCCAAAAACCUCCAUCUCCUGCUUCACACUCUGCAGGUGUUUGUGAACACUACGCCGGCACAUCUUCCGCCAGUCUCACCAUCCCUUCCAGACAUGCACUCGUCGACGACUUCAUACGUCGCCCUGCAGAACCUCUACAAGCAGCAGCACCUUCACGACCUGGCUAAGUUCACCGAGCUCCUUGCCGGUGUCCUCCAGAGCAUUGGACUUCCCGGCGACGCCAUCCCCGAGGAGGAGGUCGGGUCCUUUGUGAAGAAUGUCGGUGGUGUUGGUAUUGUCCACGGCUCGCCCCUGCGCGCCACCAAAGAGUACUCGGGUGCCAUGAAGGAGCGGAUCACCGAGGACUUUGCGUUCGAGGCUCAGCCCUCAGUCGGCAUCUGCAUUGCCCUGGCCAUCCUCGCCUCUGAAAAGUACUACGAGUCGUUUGGCCACUGGCCUGGCUCUAGUGAGGGCAACUCGAUCGAGGUGGACGUUGCUGAGGUGGAGCGCCUUGCGAUCAAGGCUCUGUCCACCGUGCAUGCCGAGACGGGCGAGGUGCCUGACGAGCUGGCCGACUCGAUCCGCGAGGUCGUGCGCGGCGGGUUUGCGACGCCACCUACGACUGCCGCGUUCUUUGGCGGUAUUGUGGGCCAGGAGGUCAUCAAGCUGGUGACCAACCAGUACACGCCCCUUGACAACACUGCGGUCGUCGACCUUGUCAAGUCGGGGCUGGAGAAGUUCAAGCUGUAGAUAUGAUUGUAAUGCAAACGCCACGAUGAGCGAGGAG